CGGGUUAGCAUGUAACACAUGAAAUGAAGGUUGAACUGAAUCUAUCCAGAUGAGCUCAUUGUCGACAAACCAACAGCUCCGGUGUCCGGCUUCAAGAUUGAAAAAAAAUAAAAGUUUCAGUUUAAACUAUUAUACAUUUUCCCGUUGUUUCAUUUGAUUUAUGGAGGCCGAAGAUUCAAAUGACGAGAAAGCAUGAGUUUAGGCUCCUCUAUGAGGAUCCUUAAAAACCAGGCCAAAUUCACCGUUGCAAAUGGCAGAUUACAGAGUUCCUUACAUCAAAUCAAACAAUUAUUGCGUCCCCAUGGCUUCUUCUAUCACGAAUCUCUUCCCGUCAUCUCCCAACUCUCGCACCCACGUUAUGCCCACCAACUGUUCGACGAAAUUCCCCUUAAAGAUAUCUCACAAUACAACCGUCUGCUCUUCGAGUACUCUCGCAACGAUCAUAAUCGCGAAGCUUUGUAUCUCUUUAAGGGCCUUCACUCGACGGGGUUGGCCGUUGAUGGUUCAACUCUGUCCUGUGUUUUGAAGGUCUGCGGAGUCUUGUUUGAUCAAGUUGUGGGAAGACAGGUGCACUCUCAAUCUUUGAAAUCUGGGUUUCUAGAGAAUGUCAGCGUUGGGACUGCUCUUGUUGAUAUGUACAUGAAAACGGAUGAUUUUGAAGGUGGGAGAGAAAUCUUCGAUGAAAUGGGUAACAAAAAUGUUGUGUCAUGGACUUCAUUGCUGGCUGGAUAUGCACGCAAUGGAUUCAACGACUCAAUCAUUCAUUUGAUUAACCAAAUGCAGAUGGAGGGAGUAAAGCCAAACGACUUUACUUUUGCAACAAUUCUUGGAGGUUUGGCUGAUGAGAGUAAGAUUGAGGUAGGAGUUCAAGUUCAUGCCAUGAUAGUAAAAUAUGGGUUUGAAUUAAACACAUCUGUAUGCAAUGCUUUGAUAUGUCUGUAUCUAAAAUCUGAGAUGGUUGGAGAUGCUGAACUUGUUUUUGAUAGUAUGUUUGCUAGAGAUUCAGUCACUUGGAAUGUUAUGAUUGCUGGCUAUACAUCCAUUGGGUAUGAUUUAGAAGGCUUUGAACUGUUUCAUCGGAUGAGGCUUGCAGGUGUUAAGCUCAGCCAAACUCUAUUUUGCACAAUUCUAAAGCUAUGCUCUCGCCUGAGGGAGCUGCAUUUCACCAUACAGCUGCAUUGUUUGGUGGUGAAAAAUGGCAAUGAAUUUGAUCAGAACGUCAGGACAGCACUCAUGGUCACUUACAGCAAGUGCAGCACAGUGGAUGAAGCUUUCAAGUUGUUCUCCAUGGCGGAUGGAGCUCAUAAUGUUGUCACCUGGACAGCCAUGAUUGGUGGGUUUGUGCAGAACAACGACACCAAGGAAGCGGUUGAUUUAUUUUGUCAAAUGAACAGGGAAGGUGUAAGGCCAAAUCAUUUCACAUACUCCACAGUCCUUUCAGGUAAGCCUUCUUCAUUACUUUGCCAAUUACAUGCACAAAUCAUUAAAUCUGAUUAUGAGAAAGUACCUUCAGUAGCUACUGCACUUUUAGAUGCAUAUAUUAACGAGGGAUAUGUCGUUGAGAGUGCUCGGGUUUUUGAUUCGAUUACUGUAAAGGAUAUUGUUGCAUGGUCUGCCAUGUUAUCUGGUUUAGCUCAAAUAGGAGAUUCUGAAAAGGCAAUGGAAGUGUUCAAUCAAUUAGUGAAAGAGGGAGUGAAACCCAAUGAGUACUCAUUUUCUAGUGUCAUCAAUGCAUGUUCUUCACCAACAGCAACAGCAGAACAUGGAAAACAAGUUCAUGCAACUUCAAUCAAAUCAGGAAAGAGCAAUGCUUUAUGUGUAAGCAGUGCAUUGGUCACAAUGUACUCAAAAAGAGGUAAUAUUGAGAGUGCAAAUAAGGUGUUCAUCAGACAAGAAGAGAAAGAUACAGUUUCAUGGAAUUCCAUGAUCACUGGCUAUGCUCAACAUGGUGAUGCGAAGAAAGCUCUUGAAGUGUUUCAAGUUAUGCAAAACAAAGGAUUAUCAAUGGAUGAUGUAACAUUCAUUGGAGUACUUACUGCUUGUACUCAUGCAGGAUUAGUGGAAGAAGGCGAAAAGUACUUCGAUAUUAUGAUUAAUGAUUGUCAUAUCGAUCCAACAAUUGAUCAUUAUUCGUGUAUGGUCGAUCUAUACAGCCGAUCUGGAAUGUUUGAAAAAGCCAUGGACGUCGUGAAUGGAAUGCCGUUCUCUGCUAGUCCAACAAUGUGGCGGACUGUGCUGGCGGCGUGUCGUAUUCACCGUAAUUUAGAGCUCGGAAAACUUUCUGCAGAGAAGCUCAUUUCACUUCAACCGAAUGACUCGGCGGCAUACGUCCUGUUAUCGAACAUCCAUGCCGUGGCUGGGAAUUGGCAAGAGAGAGCCAAAGUGAGGAAACUAAUGGAUGAUAGGAAGGUUAAAAAGGAAGCUGGGUGCAGCUGGAUUGAGGUAAAGAACAGGAUUUUCUCCUUCUUGGCUGGGGAUGUUUCACAUCCAUUUUCUGAUAUUGUUUAUGCAAAGCUCGAAGAACUGAGUAUUAAACUGAAAGAUAUGGGGUAUCAGGCGGAUACGAAUUAUGUUCUUCAUGAUGUGGAGGAAGAACACAAAGAAGCCAUUCUUGCUCAACACAGUGAGAGAUUGGCUAUUGCUUAUGGAUUGAUUGCUCUGCCGCCUGGAUCUCCGAUUCAGAUUGUAAAGAAUCUCAGGAUUUGUGGGGAUUGCCACAACGUAAUUGAGUUAAUAUCGUUGAUUGAAGAGAGGGCUGUGAUUGUCAGAGAUUCAAGUCGCUUCCACCAUUUUAAAGGAGGAGUUUGCUCCUGUGGAGGUUAUUGGUAACCCUCGUUCUAAACAUACAAUAUGAUUUAGUUUAUAUUGCCGCCAUUUUUUUUUCUCCAUAU